AUGUUGACUCCCGAUAAUGAAGAAAGUGAUCACAUGGAACCAGAACCAGACACUGACCACCAGCUCCUCUCUGCUGUAGCUGAUCAGAGAGUCCACAUGAGAAAUGUUACAGGUGAGAAACCCUAUGUUUGCCACAUUUGUAAGAAAUGUUUUACCCAGAAAGGUAACUUGAUGAACCACGUGAGAACUCACACAGGUGAGAAACCCUAUAUUUGCCACAUUUGUAAGAAAUGUUUUACCCAGAAAGGUAACUUGAUGAACCACAUGAAAACUCACACAGGUGAGAAACCCUAUGUUUGCCACAUUUGUAAGAAAUGUUUUACACAGAAAUGUAACUUGAUGAACCACUUGAGAACUCACAACGGUGAUAAGCCAUAUUCUUGUGAAACAUGUGGAAACUGUUUUGGGCGAAGUUCAGAAUUGAAAGAGCAUAAUAGAACUCACACAGGUGAGAAACCCUAUGUUUGCCACAUUUGUAAGAAAUGUUUUACACAGCACUCUACCUUGACAAACCACAUAAGAACUCACACAGGUGAGAAACCCCAUGUUUGCCACAUUUGUAAGAAAUGUUUUACACUGAAAUGUAACUUAAUAGACCACAUGAGGACUCACACAGGUGAGAAGCCAUAUGUUUGCCACAUUUGUAAGAAAUGUUUUGCACUGAAAUCUACCUUGACAAACCAUGUGACAACUCACACAAGUGAGAGGCCGUUUUCUUGUGAAACAUGUGGCAAGUGUUUUGGGAAAAGUUCAGGCUUGGAAAAGCACAAAAUAAAUCACACCGGUGAGAAGCCACAUGUGUGCCACAUUUGUAAGAAAUGUUUUGGACUCAAAUCUACCUUGACGAACCACAUGAGAACUCACUCAAGGGAGAGGCCAUUUUCCUGUGUUUUCUAUAUAGUUCAGAUUUGACAGACCAUGUGAGAACUCAUGGGAAAUGCCAUAUUCUGCAGAAAGUGUUUUGGAUGAAGUUCAGAUUUGACAAAGCACAAAAUAAUUCACACAGGUGAGAAGAAACCAUAUACCACUGACUUGUAGAGCUGAAACGAUUAAUCGAUUACUAAAGUAAUUGACAACUAUUUUGAU